AUGGCCAGCUCAUUCCUCGGGGCACACGCCGGUCCAACAUCUAAGGAGCGCAAAUAUGACCGACAACUCCGGCUGUGGGCAGCGACUGGCCAGCAGGCCCUUGAAGAUGCCCGAGUGCUACUGGUGAAUUCAGAUGGUGCCCUGGGAUCAAGUGGCGUCGGUGUCACCGGCGUUGCUGGUGUGGAGGCGCUGAAGAACCUCGUUCUGCCUGGUGUGGGUGGAUUCACCAUCGUAGACCCGGAAACCGUCACUGAGGCCGAUCUGGGGGAAGUUUCUCUGGGAAAGUCGCGCGCCGAUGAAACAUGCCGUCUCCUACGAGAGCUGAAUCCCGACGUGCAGGGAUAUUCUUACUCAAAGCCCAUUUCAAGUCUCCUCAAAGAUGAUGAUUUUCUGCCACGCUACAACCUGGUGGUCAUUUCUGGUCCCACGAAGCGCUCAACGCUGGAUCCUCUGAUUCAAAAGUGCCAAGGGCUGGAUAUCCCUGUGCUAUACACGCACUCUGUCGGAUUCACUGCAUCCUUCUCACUACAGCUACCGAAAGAGUUCCCAAUUGUUGAGACCCAUCCUGACCCAGAGUCGACCCAAGACCUGCGUCUCUUGAAUCCAUGGCCGGAACUGGCAGCCGCAGCCAAAGCACUCGGCGACAUAAGCAUUCUAGAUGACCACCAGCACGGUCACAUUCCCUACAUUUUCAUCCUCCUCCAUUUCCUCGAACAUUGGAAGCAGACGCAUGGCGGAAAUCCACCGGCCAAUUAUAAAGAAAAGACAGAGUUCCGCGCCCUCGUCCGCUCUGGCGCCCGCACCGACAACGCCGAAGGCGGCGAGGAGAACUUUGACGAAGCCGCCGCGGCCGUGGUGAAAACCAUCUCGCCAUUUAGUCUCCGCAGCUCAAUCCGCGAGAUCUUCGAAAUGGAGCAGUGCCAGCGCUUGACCGCCCGCUCGGCCGAUUUCUGGGUCAUCGCCGCCGCCAUCCACGCUUUCUACACCAGGCACGACCUGUUGCCUCUCCCGGGCUCUCUCCCCGACAUGAAAGCGCAGUCCGCCGAUUACGUUGCGCUGCAGAACUUAUACAAAGACAAGGCACGCAAGGACGUGGAGGAAGUGACUGCGACGGUGCGCCAACUAGAAGCCCAGCUGGGCCGGACCAGACCGAUUCUCGAUCGGGAAGUAGAAGUUUUCUGCAAGAACGCGGCGCAUAUCAAGGUGGUCCGGGGUCGGGAAAUCCCGCAGCUCAACUGGCCGGUCGACAAGGGAACACUGAAAGCGCUGCGUAGCAGUCUCGAUAUGCCAGAUAGCACGGCGUCAUUCUUCGUGGCGCACCAGAUCCUCGAUGCAGUCGUCAACGAUAUCCAAGAGUCGUGGCAGGGGGGCCAUGCCCAGUCCAUCGACGACGAUGCCCUGUGGGCGUCGCAUGAACAGCGGGUGCUGGAGACUUUGGUACGUGACGAAGAGACGCCACUCUCCGAGGAGGCUGUCGCGGGUAUCAAGAAUGCUAUCCAGGAAGUGCGCCGGGCCCAGGGAGGGGAAUUACACAAUAUAUCUUCGCUAGUGGGCGGUUUGGUCGCGCAGGAGGCGCUCAAGGUCCUCACAAGACAAUAUGUGCCAUUGGACAACACUUGUGUUUAUGACGGCGCCAAGGGCGGAGCGAGAUGCUGCGUCUGUGAUGGACACUAG